CGCGGCAGUGCUGAAAGACCGACCGUUGGAUCUCGCGCGCAGCGUUUUGGAGACGGCUCGUGCUAGCCUUGGCAUCACCAUCAACGUAGCUGCGACAAACGGAACUGUAAAGAUAACGGUGAUUGCAAAAGCCAUUAGAUCAGCAACACAGAAGAGGAUACACCACCUGACUCGGGUCUGGAUUUUAGCGACCAUUCCCCGCCUCAUGUGUGAUUAGCAAGCAACUCUUCGCCCAGAACGAACAGAAACAAUGGGAGCGUUUGGAGUGGUACUGAGUGUAAUGCAUUUUGUGGGACUCUACGUCCAACUUAGCACCGCUUCUAACCCCGGUGGCGAUGUUGAAGUGGACAACCACAUCUCUGGCAACGCUCUUUUCACGGAGGUGCCCCACGACAUCGUGACGGAGAGCGGCCAGGAUGUGGAGAUGGCCUGCUCCUUCAGGGGGGCCGGCUCGCCCUCCGUCUCCCUGGAGAUCCAGUGGUGGUACAUCCGCGACCACAGGGAGUGGUCCGAGAAGGCCUCCUGGACCAACAACCAGGUGGUGCCCAUGGAGGAGAUGGUGAAGGAUGCCACUAAAAUCAGUGUUGUUAAGGUGGCCGGCAGCAACAUCUCCCACAAGCUGCGCCUCUCCAACGUGAAGACGUCGGACGAAGGAACCUACGAGUGCCGCGUGAUCGACUUCAGCGACAGCCACAUCCAGCACCACCGGGUGCGCGCUUACCUCCAGGUGCACCCGCCGGGGGAGAGGAGGACCCACGCCCCCCACGACAAGCAGCAGCAGCCCCAGCACGAGGGCGAGCACCAGCUGCACCCCGAGGACCAGCACCCCCACCCCCACCCCCACCCACACCUGCACCCAGGCAGCCAGCAGCUACACCAGGGUGAGCACCAGCCCCACAAAGAGAGCCACCGCCCCCACUCCGGCGAGCAGAGAGCGCACCACGGCGGCGGCGGCAGCGAGCACCUCCACCAGGACGAGCAGCGGCUCCACGUGGCUCCGGCCGGCGGCGGCGGCAGCGGCCACCACAGGAAGCAGCAGCAGCAGGAGGAGGAGGAGGAGGAGUCCAGGAAGCGGCCAGCGCACAACCACCAGUCGGAGGGGAGGGAGAUGAAACGGCGCUCGGUGGAAGGAGCCAGCGAUUGCACUACUGAUGGCUGUGGACAUUAGAGAUCUGUGGAGGGCCGUGCCAGAGAGGAGGAGAGGGGCAGGCAAGCGUUAGGAGGAGAGACAGACAGAGAGAGAGCGAGAGAGGGAGAGAGGGAGGGAGGGAGAGAGAGAGAGAUCAAAGGAGACGAGUGAGAGGCCAGGAAAGUAGAGGGAGGAUGAAGACAUAGUGCAUGUACAAAAAUCGCCAUCUGAAUGUCCAUCAUUUAUUAUCUGGACAAACAUGGACAAAUUUCACGGUUCUGUUUCGUCUUUUGGUUUGUUUACAGGACCAAUGUACUUAACUCUGUAAACGGUCGAUCCUGUGUUUGUCUGCAGACACGUUGUUUUGACCAUGACUCUUUUGGGUUUGUGUGAGCACUGAAGCCUGUUAAAUAUCUGGCUCAAUUUUAACUCAUCUUUUACGUCAAUUUCCUGCUUUCUGUGUAUUACCUGACUCUGAGGUUAGGGUCAGGCUGGACAUAAAUGUGUGUAUGUGUGUGUGUGUGUGUGUGUGUGUGUGUGUGUGAGCGUGUGAGUGUAUGAGUGUGUGAGUGUGUGUGUGUGUGUGUGUGUGCGCAUGUGUGUACAGUAUGUAUGUGUGCUUGGGUGCGUGCGUGCUUACGUGUGUGUGUAUGCAUGUGUGCCUGUGUGUGUGUGUGUGUUUGCGAGCUUGUGUGAAUGUGUGUGUGUGUGUGUGUGUGUGUGUGUGUGUGUGUGUGUGUGUGUUUGUUUGUACAUUUAUGUCAUAACAGCAUAGUGAAAAUGAAGAUGCGAGAAAGUGUUUAUGUGUACAGUAACAUUACGUGCUUUGAGAUGCCACCAAAUUUUCAUAUGGGCUUUUACAUGAAGUUAUGCCAAAAACCGCUGCAGUAUUUUGAUGUUCUCUGCUUUCUAAUAGUUGAACAACACCAGGACUUCUUACAAUAUGCCCUGUACAUUUACUCUGUUUUAACUUUAGUUGGCUUUGAUGUUUUUGAGAUGGAUGUUAAAACCAAUGGUGUAACCUGGAAAAAGCUCUACUGUGUUUUACUGAGUUUCAAAGUAUGCCUUCACUAAAUUAAAUGAGUUCCAUUUAAACUCCA